AUGUCCAAAUCACUGGUUAAGAAAGCAUUUUCACUCGCGGAGCAAGGACUUCAAUUAGCGAAGCCAAAAACAGACGAUAAAACCACUAAAAGGAAGGCAAGUGCUUUGGAGCUAAUACCGAAACAUCAGAAACUGGUACACCUAGUCGGAAAAAAGGGGAAAAGGAUGGAAAAGGACAUGAUACGCCAUCGAGAAAAGCUGACCGUCACAGACGUACGACAACAGAUGGCCAACAAGCACGAUCCCACAGAGGAAAACAUAAAAAAACUCCUCAUGUUAAGUCAAUCAAACUUAGACGAAGUGUCCAGAGAAACGAUCCUAAAACGUGCACGAACCGGCCGGUACGUCUCACGUGUUCGUGUGUCGCGGAAAGACAGGAACAAUAUUGAAGAUCAGCCGAACAAGGAAUAUGGCGAUCAAGAAAAAGCUGUGGAAGAGAGUGUAUUCACCGAAGAGGAUUUCGCUAACUUUGCAAAAGAGUUGGAAAAAAAUGGCCUGUGA